CACAAUUGAGACAUCAGGAAGUAAGUCGAGCAGUGCGGAGUCCAGUCUUUUGAAGCUGAAAUUUUUAAGAUAAGAGAAAUGUCAGCAUGAACAGCCUAAUCAGGACCUAUUGGCCUAUCUGAAAAGUUACGUAUUUUUUCAUGAUCGUGGUUCUCUGCCAUAUGUGGCUCUUGGUGCUAUUAACUUAGGCUACCAUGCUGCUAAGAGAUAUGUAGCCUAAUUUUACCCAGUGGUGGGCUUGGACUGAAAUAUGUGCUGGUACUUGUUUAAUUUGGGACGGUACUUUUUAUAUUUAGGUGAACGAACUCUGCAAUACUUUUAAGCUAAUAUUCUAUAAGAAGUGCACUAACUCAUGCAGUGGACAAUUUUAGGUACCGGUAGUUCACUACAUUCCGGUGAGCUCCUGCCCAAGUCAAGCACUGAUUUUACCAUUUUAAAAUGUCAAACAUUGUUAGCCAGAUUCAUAUAUAGUGUCAAGUGGUACGUUAGCUAAUAGACAGGCGUGUUGUAUUUUCUACUAUCAUGUCAAAAAAAGCAGUCCGGAACCUGCCCCACUGGUCCCAUGUCGGAUGUCACCGAAAAUUACCCCGUGACUGGCCACCCAAUCCUCCACAAAUGAUGGACCCAGAAAGUUUAACUUUUCAAUGCACCAUGGAUUCUGACAUUAGACGAGUGGCAUCAUUGAAGAAGGAUGUUUUAUUCCUACAAAAACAGCACAGAGAAACACUGAGGAAACUGCAUGAGGAAAUCGAAGAAUUAAAACGUGAAAAUAAAGAACUGCACUAUCAAUCGAUAAUGGAGCCACAACAAUCUGAAAUAUCUUCAAGAUGCAGAUCUCAAACACAACAGCCCAGCUACACAGAGCAGACCAGCCACCCUCUGCAUGGUCUGCCAUCUCCAUCAGCAAAUCUAAGAGUGGAUACAGCAAGCACAUCUCAUCUUUUAAGAUCAGAUUUAAAUGCAAAAUCAAAAAGGGGGUUGAUCACAUCCUUGCUUCCCCUGCGGAUUGAUGGUGGUCCAUUUCACUCCCCCUAUGCCCCCACCCUGCAGGAGUGUGAGGUCAUCAUCAGACAGCUCUGUAAAAACAACAACUUGCAGUCCCAGGAGCUGCUACGUGUGAAGGCCAUCCUCAAAGACUUAAUAGUCAACAACAAGAAAAUGUCCCAAGAGGCUUACACACUGACCAAGGCUUACCCCUCUGAUGCAGACAGAGACAAAGACAUUGGAAUGUUUCCAAAACUACCUCUCAAGUCGCUGCCAAAAAAACUGCCCCCAGCCCCGAUUGGCAUGAGAGAAAGAGUCAUCUUGCCAGCCAUCAAACAGAGCCUAAACUCCAGAAUAGAAGAGAGGCAGAAGAAGGCACAAGCUGUGCUGAGAUCCCGUCUGAGAAGAGUGGUGCAGUAGGACACAGCAUUAUCAUCACAAAAUAUGCAUCCCUCAGUUUUGAACUGAGUGUGUUGUCUGUGAAUAAAGUAAAGGUGUCAAGUCUGUGAAUGAUACACUCUUGAGUUCCAUCUCACUAACUGUUUUUUGUAUUAUUUUUUUUAUUUCACCUUUAU